AUGGCUGACCUUCGGUCGGAGGCUAAAUUGGUUGAUGGGAUUGAUGGUUACAGAUACCUUGGAGUUCUAGAAGAUCGAAGUGCAAUAUUGAAAAGCAAAUUAUCAGAAUAUAUUAAACAAGAGCGAUUAAACAACACAAUUUUCCCAUCUCCAGAAAACGUAUUUUCCUUCACUCGUUUCUGCCCAAUAAACGAUGUAAUUUCUCAUACCACAUUAAAUAAGGUCAAAGUUGUCAUCCUCGGUCAAGACCCUUAUCACGGAAUCGGACAACCAUGGAUGUCUCGAGAGUUGGGCAAGGCAAGGUAUCCUCUCAGUAAGAAUGUAGGAGUCCUCUUGCUCAAUGCUGUCCUUACAGUGAGGAGUUCUCAGCCUAAUUCUCACAAGGGACGCGGAUGGGAGGAGUUCACGGAUUCCGUAGUAGAAUGGUUGAAUAAAAAAACGAAUAAUGUGGUGUUCAUGUUGUGGGGGAGUUAUGCUCAAAAAAAGGGGUCCCACAUAGAUAAGGUGUAG